AUGGCGAAACAACCCCCCACGCGUAUCGGUUCCUUCAGCGAGAAGUGGCCGCCGAAGCCUACAUGGCACGUCGAAGAUGUCCCUGACCUUUCGGGAAAGACUCUACUUGUUACUGGUGGUUCAGCUGGGAUCGGAAAAGAGACUUGUCGGGUCCUGGUUGAGCGCAAUGCCAAAGUCUACCUUGCAACACGGUCAAAAGACAAGGCAGAAUCUGCGAUCGCAGACAUUUGCAAGACGACUGGCAAGAAUAACAUCCACUUUUUACACUUGGACCUCGCAGACCUCGAUUCUGUGCGAAGAUGUGCAGAGGAAUUCAAUUCCAAAGAAAAGGAACUCCACGCUCUUGUCCACAAUGCUGGUGUUCUAUACGCUCCCGCAAUAGGCCCCUUGACGAAGCAACAAUGGGACAUUCAAUUCGGAGUACAUGUUCUUGGACCCUUCUUGCUCACUCAACUUCUGCUUCCCACUCUCCUGCGGACUGCAAAAGGCGAAAUUUCUGGGACUCCGUGUCGAGUCCGUGUCGUGGCAGUCUCCUCAGACGCACAUGAAAUGACGGCGCCAAAAGAGGGCAUAGUUUGGGACUCGCUUCAGAAAGGCGAUGCUUCCUUGCGCGCUCGGAAGAAGCUGACUGGAACGAGAUUAUAUGGUCAGAGCAAACUGGCGAGUUGGUUUAUGACCAACGUACUCCAUUUGAUAACACAGCCGUUUCAGGGCAUGGUGCUGGUAUCGUCAGAGCUAGCGCGACGAUACGGUGACCAAGGCAUAGUGGCCAUAUCUUUGCAUCCAGGUGGCGUCAAAUCUGAACUAAUGCGUAAUGUCAAUCCAGUGGUGGCUUGGAUUGUGGAGAAAAUUCGAAUAUACCCAGUGUCGCUCGGCGUCUUGACCUCGCUGUAUGCUACAACUUCGGAGGAGGCGUUAGACUUGAAUGGAGAGUAUCUGACUGCUUGGGCACGCCGUCAAGUGCCCAGUAAGCAUGCUCAGAAUCCAGAGCUGGCGGCCAAGUUAUGGAAGUGGUCACGUGAUCUCGACGGGCGCUCCGAGUGUUUUGUGCUCAAUUUGUGCUCCACCAUAAUGGUCUUUUGCGCCAACGUCGGGCUACUCGACCUUCAUGAAGCCUGCAUGCGCAGCGUCUGGGCUGCAAUCACUCCCUCAGCAAUCGUGGUGGUUUUUUGUGCCGUCAGAUUUUCUCCACGGCUUCCAGAGUUCGUAAUUCAUCGAUUACACACAUCCCAAACCCUGUUCCAGCAAUUUUUAACACUGCAGGAAGCAGAACAGCUAAUUACCUCGGAAACAGACGAUGAAGUUGCGCCGCAGCUUAACCUACCUGUCUGGCGCCCCCUCCUCACAGUUGUUGGGCUCGCCCAAUGUGUCGUCUGGGUUGCCGUUGCAGCCUACUCAUUUGCCAUCGAAGACUCAGCGCUGUCGGGACUACUUCAGCUACUUCUUAGCGCAUCCUGGUUUUACACCGUCAUGCGGGCCAUAACACAUCCCGCCGCAACUCCUCCAUAUGACCUCUUUACGCUCUACUGUCUAUUCACUAUAACAAGCCUUCUACAGCUAGGGGGAUACGUGUUUGAGCAUGCGGUAGAUCUUGUCCCGCUCCCUAGCUCCGCAAUUCUCGUCGGUUUAGCGUUGAACCUGGCGAGCACUCUGGCCGUUUUGACUGCGGUGUUGACGAUGCCGCUUGGUGUCCCGAGCCAAAGGGUUGACGUUCGACAAAUUGGUAUAACUCUGACAACGGAGGACUACGCUCCUCUUUGGCAAUGGAUCAUAUUCAGCUGGAUAUACCCACUUGUUCGCAAGGGCACAUAUUCCACGCUGGAUUAUCAAGAUGUGUGGCAACUCAGUCCGACUCUUCAGUCACGACCCGUCUUUUCGAAAUUUUCGACCUUCAAACUUCCGACGCUUCUGCAACGCCUUUGGAAAGCGAACUCUUUCGAUAUAAUAUUAGACUUCGUGCUUACCCUCGUUGCUGUUAUAUUCAGCUAUGCUGGUCCAUUUUGCCUCAAACGAAUUCUCGAUUCUAUUGACAAAGAAGUGCCGACACGACGCGACAAAGGUACUGCCUACAUCUAUGCGUUCCUAAUGCUGGUGUUUGUUGUUCUGAAGGCACAAGUUGACCUACAACAUCUGUACCUCAGCCGCCGGGCGGCGACCCGCAUCCGUGUCGAGCUUAUAGCAGCGAUCUACGACAAAGCCCUCAAACGCAAGGACUAUGCUGGCUUGAUCGACAAAGAUAAGGCUCGGGCUGCGGCGGAAGCCAAAGUUCGCAGCGAAACCAAGCAGAAACGGGCGCGACAUGACGAAAAGGCGGAUGACCCCAAGAGCGGGGCCGAUGUCGGGAAAAUUGUCAAUCUCAUGGCCGGGGAUCAGACUCGAGUGUCUACCAUCGUUAGUGGCGCGUUCAACAUCUACGGCGCACCCAUGGAAAUUCUUGUCGGGAGCUGGUUUCUGUACGUUCUGCUGGGCUGGAGUGCAUUUGCUGGAUUCAUUGUGCUCCUUGUUGGCUGGCCUCUCAAUAGCUAUGUAGCACGAAGACGUGUUCGAAUGCACAAAGGUGAAUUAAAGGCGCGGGAUGGGCGGAUGAGUGUGAUCAAUGAACUGAUUGGUGCUGUUAAAUUCAUCAAGUUUUUUGCAUGGGAAGAGCGUUGGAUCCAACGUAGCCUUGACGCUCGAGAAAUCGAGAUGAAGUGGAUGAUCAAAUGUGGACUUCAUGACCUUUUUUCACGAAUCGUCGACUUACACCUCUCAGCUAGACUCAAUUCGAUGUUGUUCAACUUGAUCUGGCUACUCGCCCCAAUAGCAAUGUCCACCAUCUCUUUUCUCACAUUUGUUUUGCUUGGAAACAAAUUGACUGUUGGAACGGCGUUCACGUCAAUUACUCUGUUCUCUAUGAUCCGCUCACCCAUGAAUAUAAUUCCUGCCUGGGUGGUACGCUUUUUGCAGACUCGUGUUGCCCUCAAUCGCAUCGCUGUGUAUCUAGAUGAGGAAGAAGUUUCCGCUCAAGUGUCUUCCCUUAAACAGGAUGCUAUCGUUCCCCAUCUUCAUGGUGUUGAAAAUGAAGGACUGGGUCUUGAAAACGCGUCCCUGCGCUGGAAUGAACUGCCGGAAGAAGAAGUUUUACCUCUCAAAGGUACCCCCCCUUCAUCGACGAGCGGCAACACGACUGCACUAGGAGAUGAAGUGAAUAGGUUUGAACUGCGUGAUAUUUCUGUUAUCUUCCCUGAGGGGCAACUAUCGAUGAUAACUGGACCUACUGCAAGUGGUAAAACUGCUUUGCUCAUGGCGUUGCUUGGCGAAAUGACCCUUCUUCCUGGUGGGCGCAUCGUCAUGUCAAAGAAUCGCUCUCGCGUCGAUGAACACGGCAAUAUUUAUGGUAUAUCCUAUGCCGCUCAGACUCCUUGGCUCCGUCAUCAAUCCAUACGCGAAAACAUCUUGUUCGGGUACCCAUACGACGAAGCCCGCUAUAACCAAGUGUUAGAGUGUUGCGCUCUGCAACCGGAUCUGGAUGUACUUGAGGAUGGUGAUGCAACUGAGAUCGGAGCAAGAGGAGUUGUCUUGUCUGGAGGCCAAAAAGCAAGGGUCGCAUUGGCUCGUGCAGUAUAUGUUCGCAGCAAAUAUGUCCUUCUCGACGACCCACUCAGUGCUGUUGACAGCCAUACUGCGCGCUUUCUAUUCGAACAUUUGUUGUGCGGUCCUCUGCUCGCAAAUCGCACAGUUAUCCUCGUGACACACCAUGUCGACCUAGUGCUGCCUGGUGCGCGUUACCUCGUUCGAAUGUUGGAUGGACGAAUCGACAUACAAGGGGCUGUAGAGGACCUCAGAGCGCUUAACGUCCUAGAGAAUAUUGCCCAAGACGCUCACACCAAGGCCGAAGUUUUGGAUUCCGUCAUCACUGAACCGGUUGUCAGCAUAGAUCGUCUAGACACACUCAAGACAGCAGGGAAACCACGCAAGCUAGUCAAAGAGGAACACAGGGCAGUUGGAAGUGUCAAGUGGAAUAUUUAUAACUCUUACCUGAAAGCGUCCUCUUAUUGGACAUGGGGAUUCCUCCUCUUUGCAGUUAUCGUCAGCCAACUUUUGAGUGUUGGCGAAAAGCUGUGGAUCAAGACAUGGGGCUCAGCAUAUGAACACAACAGCACUGUCCCUCAAGUUAACGAAAACUUUCCAUACCUUGUCAUGCAUCAUUUUGAUCGGGCACCUACCUUCUCUCAUGUGGCUGUCAAGACUGGGUUUGAAGACGUCAAAUGGCCCAAUGCUGCUAAUCACCCGCUUUUCUAUGUCGGAAUAUAUGCUGCAAUCUGCCUAGCCACUGCCUUUAUGACGCUGUGUUCAAUUGCUACCCAAUUUACGGGAGCGUUGAGGGCCUCGCGCAUUCUAUUCAAACAACUUUUGUUCUCUGUCGUGCGCGCAACCUUCCGGUACACUUUCUCUUACCGAGGCUCUGGUUUUCCACCUGAUCGCGAACUUAGAUUCCAUGACACCACCCCAGUCGGGAGAAUGCUCAAUAGGUUUGGACUUGACAUGGAGAAAAUCGAUCAAGAUCUUGCCGCGUCGCUUCAAACCGUGAAUACAUCUCUUGCAGGAUUUUUCGCUUCUGUGAUCACGAUCACGGUUGUUUUUCCCGCAUUCCUUUUUCCUGCUAUUGCUUUAGGCUAUGUUUACUACCGUCUUGCGCUUGGAUAUUUGAACACGGGACGUGAUCUCCGUCGGAUGGAGUCCAACAGCCGCUCUCCCAUUUAUUCGGAUUUUGGUGAACUACUGGAGGGAAUAGUGACCGUUCGAGCUACGUGUAGCAUUCUCCGUAGAACCGCGGUUCUUGGAAGGCCUACACAAUCGUAUCGACACAGCGACCAAGAUGUGGUAUACAUUUUGGAUGACCAACAGAUGGCUUCUUCUCAAUUUCGACUGUCUUGGUGGGCCUGUUUCCAUCGGCAUGACAUGACUUAUGAGCUUAUGAUCUUGUCAGGCGGUAUCGCAGUAUUCAUCACAGCUGUUCUCUCAAUCUCGCUGCUGGAGAAUGAUGCUGGUAUAGCAGGACUAGCACUAACGAGUGCUGUUAAUUUCACUAAUGCAAUCUACUGGGCCUGUAGAAACUGGACGACUCUGGAAGUUGACCUCAAUUCUGUGGAACGAGUGGUGGAAUAUCUCCAACUGCCUCAAGAGCCUCCUGCCGUGAUAGAAUCCAAUCGGCCUCCGGCUUACUGGCCAUCCUCUAGCACUGAACAAUUGGUGCAAGUUGAAAAUCUGGCCGUCAAAUAUUCACCCGAGCUUCCGUCUGUGUUGCAUGACGUGACAUUCACGUUAAGAGCCGGUGAAAGAGUUGGGCUUAUCGGGCGGACGGGCAGCGGGAAGAGCACGCUUGCUAUGAGUUUACUCCGUUUCAUCGAUCCAGUUAGUGGUCGUGUUGUCAUUGACGGAAUCGAUAUAAGCACCAUCGGCGUCAAUGAUCUGCGUUCGAGGAUCACAUUUAUUCCUCAAGACGCUACCUUGUUCUCUGGUACACUGAGGGACAAUUUAGAUCCCUUUGGAGAACAUGAUGACGUCAGCUGUAUAGACGUUUUAUAUCGCGUCCAUCUUCUCAGCGACAGCCCUCGAACCUCUCGAGGUGCAUCCCGUGGUCAGUCUGCGACAGCGACACCUCAUUCAUCACGACCGCCAUCAAUAUUAGAAAGCGCGACGGACGUUUCCCUGCUCAGCAGCGAGACAGAAGCAAAACCAAGUAUUACCCUGAACACGCAGGUUUCUGCUGGGGGAAGCAACUUCUCUCAGGGCCAGCGACAGCUUAUUGCUAUGGCGCGGGCACUGUUGCGCCGCAGUUCUGUGGUUGUAAUGGACGAAGCAACAUCCAGUGUCGAUUUCGAGACUGACGCAAAGAUUCAGAACACAAUCAGACAGGAAUUUACUGGCUCGCUUUUGAUCACUGUGGCGCAUCGUCUCAGAACUAUCAUCGACUAUGACCGGCUUGUGGUGCUUGACCAUGGCAAGGUUGUAGAGCUAGAUACACCCUUUAAACUCAUACAGAAGGAAGACGGUGUCUUUCGUAGUAUGUGUCUCAACAGCGGCUCAUUCGCAGAGUUAGAGACUGCAGCACGCCUGAAGGCUGAGGUAACCGGACGAAUGUAG